AUGUUUCUAUACGUACUAGUGCGAGUGGUUACACUCCUCUCUCUUUAUUUCUCUUUAUUCUUUCUCUCAAUACACACACAAACACACACAUCUCUGUCUCUGUCUCUUCAACUGGAAUAUCUAUCUAUCUAUCUAUCUAUCUAUCUAUCUAUCUAUCUAUCUAUCUAUAUAUAUAUAUAUAUUGGGAAAAUAAAUAACGAAGUGGAAAAUAUUACUUCUCGAAUAAGUAAGGUUAUCUUACUUAUCAAAAAGAGAUCUAUCUAUCUAUCUAUCUAUCUAUCUAUCUAUCUAUCUAUCUAUCUAUCUAUCUUUCAGCCGAUUCAUAUCUAUCUAUCAUACAAAUUAUUCAUGUUCUCUUUCAAAGAGAAGCAGACAAAAAUCAUACGUUAUGUAACAACAUCGACCUAUCUUCAGUCUUUUCAUAUCUAUCUGCAUUUUUUUUAUAUCUAUCUAUCUAUCUAUCUAUCUAUCUAUCUAUCUAUCUAUCUAUCUAUCUAUCUAUCUGCAGUCUUUUCAUAUCUAGCAGCGGUCCCCAACCUUUUUGCGCUACGGACCGGUGUCAUGCAAGACAAUUUUUCCACGGACCUGGAGGCGUUGUGUGCAUAA